AUGCGCGGGCAAUGUGAGCGCUGCAAAGCCGUACUGACCUACGAGUGUGCGGCUUUCAUCUGCUCGUACGAGUGUACUUUCUGCCCCACGUGCGCUGGCACAAUGGGCCAUGUCUGCCCGAAUUGCGGGGGCGAACUUCUUUCGCGCCCUCGCAGGCGCGCGAGCACCGAGAGUUUGUAG